AUGGCAUGGAAGACAGUUCCGUGGGCCAAAAUCCCAAAGAUCCCAAAGGACGUCAUACUAGACACUCUCACCGACGUCCCAGCUUUACUCGAGGAAGUCGACAUUUUGAAAAGCAACCCAAGCGACUACAAUUGCCAGCACUUCAUGAAGACAUACCAGCGUCUGGACCGGGAGAUUGUAUGGUGGCUCGAAAAUCUCAGCCCGCCCACCGACAUCCUCCACGAUUUACACGAGCGGAAAUACAAAAACCCCACUGCCGACGAACUCGCCGUCGCCCACGUCAUGACAUGCUUCUGGACUGUGAUGGAGCUGUCAGAGCGGACAAACCCGCGGCCAUACUGUCUCUUGAUCGCCGACGCCGUCGAGGUCUUCUUCCAACCCGAAGCUGGAACCUUUGGAAUGCACGCUGCCCCGUUCCCCAUCGGCAUGGCCAUCAAGUAUCUAAUGCUCACCGAAGGCUUCUCCUCCAAAGACUGCAUGAGACUUAUAGGAUACUUCAGUAGGCAAAGUGGUGGUGCUGCUAUGGGUAGUUUCUUGGCAAACACACUCUUUGUAUGGAACUAG